AUGACGACGGGCGUGAAAGGAUUUUUUAAAGGCCUUCGCAACAUCACUCAGAUUUUCGAGGAAGGUAAAGACCGUGAUAUUCAGAUUGGGUUUCCCACCGAUGUAAAACAUGUCGCCCACAUAGGAUCCGAUGGACCUGCAGCCAAUGCACCAAGCUGGAUGAGUGACUUCAAACCUCAAGAAAAUGAGAAUGGUCAAGUAGUAUCUCGAAGAGAUUCCAACAACAAUGCAAUAGGAGAAGGAGUUGGGUUACAAGAGUUGUUGCCUCCCUCUGAGAAACCAAAACACAGGAAGAGUAGGCGCAAAUCCGAGUCACAAAACGGUUCUCCUCCUAGGAGAAACAGCAACGUGUUACCAUCGGAAAUGAUACCAAGACCCUCGAGACGUCACCACAGAAGCAGGCACGCGUCUUUAGACUCAUCUAACGAUCCAUCGCUCAGGAGAAGGCGUGUUAUCGCGGUUAACGACGAGGAAGGUUCUAACCAUCUUUCGGACAGUUCUGCUUCUCAAAGAAAGUCUUCGUCGCGUCAUAGGAAGGUGAAAGGAUCAGGAGGAGGAGAGGUGUCCAUGAAGAAGACCAAAGCAAGACCCGAGAAGUCUACUGCUCAAUCAGACGCUACAUGUAAUGAUAAUAAUAAUACCAGUGAUAAAGACCAAAACAUAGAAUAG